GGUCAUCUCGUUCAAACUCCUGCUCAAAGCAUGUUCAACUAGAUCAGGUGCAAGAUGUCUACCCUGAGGCUGAUUUCUAACAGAACCUCCCAGCAGGCCUUGUCUAACUCUGAUUACACCUGGGACUAUGAGUACUAUGAGUAUGGACCGGUGUCGUUUGAAGGCCUGAAGGCUCAUAAAUAUUCCAUUGUGAUUGGAUUUUGGGUUGGUCUUGCGGUUUUUGUCAUCUUCAUGUUUUUUGUCCUGACCCUGCUGACGAAGACAGGAGCACCACACCAAGACAAUGCAGAACCUUCUGGAAAAAGAUUUCGCAUGAAUAGCUUUGUGGCAGAUUUUGGAAGGCCUCUGGAGUCGGAGAGGGUCUUUUCUCAUCAAAUAGCUGAAGAAUCCCAGUCACUUUUCCAUUUCUGUAUUAAUGAAGUGGAACAUUUGGACAAAGCAAAACAAAAUCAGAAAGGUCCAGGUCUGGAGAGUAAUACCCACUUCCAGGAAGCUCCUAAGAGCAGUGGUAUGUUUGAGGAAGACCUACAUUGUCUUACAAAAUUUAACAUUCCUAACUUUGUGAACGCUGAGCAGAACUCUUCACUAGGUGAGGAUGAUCUCCUCAUCUCGGAGCCACCAAUCAUUUCAGACAGCAGAUCAGUCAUGCAAUCAUCCCAUCGGAUCCGUGACUGAAAAGACUUUUACUUUAAGAUAAACAUUCCUGUUACUCUCCAGUUUGAAGCCUUUCAUGGACUUCUGGUAUUUUGAUAGAAGGUAUUUCAGACCUGUGCUUUUUAUUGUAUCUAAGACUGGCUGUGCUGAGACACCUCAGUUUAGGUAAGAAGUAAAACACUGAAAACUUU